UUUCGACAUUGUUGUUUAAGAAACGAGAAGCAGUAGAUGUACAGAGAAGGCGGUGGCAAAGUUCAUUAAAAAGUGGAGAAGGAGAACCCUUCCAGAUCAUUCAGUCAUGUCUCUGCCGUUCAGGAAAGACUUUGACAAGUAUAAGAAUAUAAAUGAAGAUGAGAUUCUGAACAAGUUAUCUGAGGAAGAACUGAAACAGCUGGAGAGCGCGCUAGAAGAACUGGAUCCUGAGAAUGCCUUAUUACCAGCUGGGCUCCGACAGAAAGAUCAGACAACAAAGGAAGCAUCUGGAGCAUUUGACAGAGAGCAUCUUCUGGCGUAUUUGCAGAAAGAAGCCAUGGAGCACCAAGACAGGGAGGACGUUGUGCCUUUUACUGGAGAAAAGAAAGGAAAGGUAUUUGUUCCCAAGCAUAUGCCCCCGGAGCAGGAGCUAGAAGAGAGGGUGACCUUGGAGCCUGAACUGGAAGAAGCUCUUGCAAGUGCCACAGACACAGAGCUGAGUGACCUUGCUACUGUCCUAGGAGUGCAACAUUUUUCCAGCAGACCACAGGGAAAUGAAGUCGGCUCAGAGGGAGCAGAUCUUAGAAAUGUGGUGAAAGCUGAAAAGGUAAAACCUACGUUUGAAGAUCCCCCAAACCCGACUAAUGUGGAAGAGACCUUGCAGAGGAUAAAAACGAAUGAUCCUUUUCUUGUUGAUGUCAACUUGAACAACAUUAAGAACAUCCCAAUACCGACCCUAAAGGAAUUUGCAAAGUCUUUGGAAUCAAAUACCCAUGUGAAGUCUUUCAGCCUUGCAGCAACGCGAAGCAAUGAUCCAGUAGCUAUUGCUUUUGCAGAUAUGUUAAAAGUUAAUAAAACAUUGAGGAGUCUCAACGUAGAAACAAACUUCAUAACGGGAACUGGGAUUUUGGCUCUUGUAGAAGCUCUGAAGCAAAACAGAACCCUCUCAGAGAUUAAGAUUGCUAAUCAGAGACAGCAGCUGGGGACUGCCGUGGAGAUGGAAAUUGCUCAGAUGCUUGAAGAGAACUCAGCAAUUCUUAAAUUUGGAUAUCAGUUUACACGGCAAGGUCCAAGGACCCGGGUAGCUGCAGCCAUUACAAAUAAUAAUGACUUAGUGCGUCAAAAAAGAGUUGAAAGGGAUCAUCAAUAAAGUCGCCCAAGAUGAAUUUACGUACGCUGUCUUCUUUUGGAAGAAGGGGAGGCCAACUUCCAAGACUCAUCGCUGCACUAAUGUAAUGCAGUCCUUUUGGACUACUUUAAAUUGCUGACUUCCGAAGACUUUAAAACAGCACUACAUAUUUUUUUUCUUCCAAAACCUGCACUUGUACUUUCUAUAUGUUAAUACAAAACAGGUUUAGGGUGACGUAUAGCUCAUAAUUGUGUCAAUGGAGUGCUGACGUUGCCAACCAUGGGGUGCUGUAACGUUCCCUGUUUCUUUUUUAACAGGGCACCUGGCAGUGCAUUGCCAUCUUUCAAUAGUUUCAUGUAUGAUCCAUCCUGAUUUCAUUUUCAUUUUUAUGUAGAGUUGUAAAUUGUUGUUUAGGCUCCUUUAAAAUGCCCAAAGCAACAGAUACAAACUUUGGCUUUGCUUAGAAAAGUGCUUGAAUUCAUCUGCAUAGAUGCCCCCCAUGUACACAAAGUCAUGUCAUACAGUAUAAUACAGCUGUAGUGAUAAAAUAUAAUACUUCCUGCUGAAUCCGAGACUCUAAGCUCAUGCCAAGAGGUCCUGUUUACACCCACAUUUAUCUAAUGUGCACAGGGUACCAUGUCUUACGCUUCUUUUUGUACUAGGGGCUAAAUCUCAGAUGUUCAUGUACUCCCAUAUGUGAAACAUAUACAGCUCUGCCAUGUCUUGGCUAUGCAUGCUGCCAAUGCAAUAUACACUUGUAGCAGAUGCCCAGUCGUAGUCUUAAUGAUAUGUCAGUCAUGACCUUCGUGUGCCGCUUUCCUGCUAUGUAUUUUCUUGUUAGCCAUAACAGAGCAGACAAACUACAAAUGGUAAAAACCAACAGUAAGGCUGGUCAUACACGUAACAUACACUAUAUCGGGACAGAUACAUAUUACACCUACAGGAGCUUUUAUGACAUGCCACUCUAAAUCCAUAUUGAGUUGGUCCCCCCCAAUUGCAGCUAGAACAGCUUCCACUCUUCUGGGAAGGCUUUCUACAUGAUUUUGGAGUGUGUCUGUGGGAAUUUUUGACCAUUCAUCCCGAAGAGAAUUUGUGAGGUCACUGAUUUUAAGGGACAAGGCCUGGCUCACAAUCUCCACUCAAAUUCAUCUCAAAAAUGCUCGAGGGAGUUGAGGUCAGGGCUCUGUGUUGGCCACUGAAGUUCCUCUACUUCCACCCAACCAUGCCUUUAUGGCCUGGGCACAGUCAUACUGGAACAGAAAAGGGGCUUUCCCAAACUGUUCCCGCAAAGCUGGAAGCAAACAAAUGUCCAAAAUGUAAUGUUAUGCUAAAGCUUUAAGAUUUCCCUGGAACGAAAGAAGACCCAACCCUCCAUCACAACCCCUGAAAAACAACCCCAUAGCACUAUCCCUCCUCCACCAAACUUUACAGUUGGCACAAUGUAGUGAGGCAGGUAACCUUCCCCUGAUAUUCAUCAAACCCCAAAACGUCCAUCAGACUGCACGAUAGAGAACCGUUUUUCAUCACUCUACAAAACAUGUUUCCACUGCUCCAGAGUCCAGUGGUGGACUCCAUCCUACUGUCACGCUUUGGUGUGAGAGGGAAACACCACACUGAAAAUAAGAGGGAAGGGGGGAACAGGGAAUCAGGCAUGAGAACUAGGGAAGGAAGAUAGACACCUCCUAGUGAAAACC